AUGGAUGCACCUGUCAAGAUAGGAAACGGUAGGCAGUUUCAUAUAUUUUUGGGUCUCUGCAAAGUUGAUAACCUUCGUCUGUGUGUAGAGUUUAAAGCGAACAAACUUGCUGCGGAAGGAGCUGGCGAAGAUCAGAAACAACCCAUACAGAAAGAUGACUCGUUGGGUGAAGAAGAAGAAGAUAUGGAUGAAGAAGGGCCGGAUACCUAUUGCGAAUCUACUAAAGGUUCAAGCAAUAGACAUGCACCAGUCACAAGUUACUAG